UACAUAAUAUCAUACAACAUUGAAUUUAUUGACCUGAUAACUGGGAACAAAGUUGUCACAUACGAGGAAAAUGAAAUUGUAAAAUUUAGAAAACCGAAUAACUCCAUUUUGAGAAAGGAAUUGAUUCCGUUGUUUUUUAUUUGUGAUUCCAGAAGAAACAUCUGCAACAUGAUUUCCUCCAGUCAUCGCACGUGUUCCUUGCCAAUGUAUGCCAUUAUUGGCCUAACGGCCAUCAUUUAUGCCACAACCGUCGGAGCAGAACUUCGACAAGUGAACGUGAUAUUUAGGCAUGGGGAUAGGACACCGGACACAGGUACAAAUGAAAUGUAUCCAAACGAUCCAUACCUCAAUUCUGCUUUCUAUCCAUUGGGUCGUGGCCAAUUAAGCAACGAAGGUAAAAGACGAGAAUAUCAACUCGGAAAAGUUCUUCGGGAGAGGUACCCAAGAUUUUUAGGAGAUAUUUAUACGCCGGAGUCCGUUUGGGGCAUGAGCUCGGACUACGAUAGAACGAAAAUGUCUUUACAACUUGUUCUGGCUGGGCUGUUCCCCCCAAACAAAGAACAGAAAUGGAAUCCCCAAUUGAAUUGGCAACCGAUCCCCACGCGGUACUUGCAACGGCCCGAAGACAACAUUUUUCUUGCAGACGAGUGUCCUCAGUAAGUCUUAAACAACUAUUACACAGUGUGUCC